CCUGAGUCUUGCCAUUUCCCUCCAAAAACGUUUGUCGUUCUUGAACUCACUCUCUUCCUCGUCUCCUUCCCGUUCCCAACCUAAUGGAGAAUUUCGUGAUUCGCGAGAGCUCGCCACCCAAAGGAAGACCGCAUGCCGGGCUGCGGUGGAAGCGGAGCAUGGUCGAGAUCUCGGGGUGGUGUCCGAGGAAGUAUCGCCACGAACUGUCGGCUCUUUUGCAUCAAUCCUAUUCUGAGAUAGGAGCUUUCAGCCAUUCAUACACAAUUGGUGGACAGGUCUGUUUGACCCAGUUGGAUUUUACAUCACGCAAUGUAGCAGUGGAUGUUGAGCCAACCAGCAUGCAAAGGACUGGUAUCUCUGGACUUGAAUUUGACUCUAAGGGGAUUUAUGUCGCAUCUAUAACAAAAGCUGGAUGUUUGUCUGUCCAUGAUUUUGAAUCCCUCUAUUGCCAGACAAAGGUUCUCCCAAGUUCGCUUGAUGAUGGAUCAAAAGAAUUGUUGCAUCUAUCCGUUUCUCAGCAACUUGAUGGUGUCAAAUGGAAUCAGGCUAAUGAAGAUGAGGUUGCAUGUUCCUCACGCAGCAGUGACCAUAUUCUUUUGUUUGACAUUAGCUACAUUUCUUCUGAACCGUCUGAUGUGUUGAAGAAGAAGCCCACAUCUCAAGGGCAUAAAAAACCUAAAGGGUUAUCAGAUAUUGUGUUCAUUCCAAGCAGCAAAUCAAGAGUGGUUGCAUGUGGUUUAGAUGGUGUGCUAUAUGCCUGGGAUAGAAGGAUCAGUAAUUUCCCAUGCUUUGAGCUUAGUUCCUCAUGCUGUCAAAGCCCCUUCAACAGCAUACAGCUGAGUAAGGAUGAACAGGUCAUCUUUGCAGCAAGUGAAAAUGGGUGCAUCUGUUUGUGGGACCUGCGGGGUGGGAAAACAUCUGCUGCCUUCUUGUCUAACAAAGAGGUGUAUCACCCUCCCUUGUCAAUUGUCAAACUAGCUUCUGCACUUGAGAAAAUAUGUCCAUUGAAGGAGCAAUCAGAAAUUUUCUCAUGGGGAAUUCAAUCAAUCAGCCUUGACCCAUCUUGUUCAUAUCAAUUGGCAUUCCAUCUUGAUGAUGGCUGGUCUGGAGUGUUAAAUUUGAAUACUUUAGAGGUGACUCACAUUCAUUGCCCUCCCCCAGCAUGGCUGGAUGGCACAGCAAGCAAUUACUUUUCAAGGAGAAAACCAUCAUAUCUGCCAGCGUUAUCGAUCUAUGCUGUUCCAUCUUCAUGUGAGAAUGGGAUUCAUUUACUGGAUUUUUAUCCAGAUGCAAGUGCAGCUUCUCAUGUAGAUUUUGAUGAUAACACAGAGUCAGGAGCUCAAAGUUGCCAUGUUCACAACACUUUUGUGUCUCUUUCUGGCCUUGUUACUGCCUGUGCUGCUCAUCCUUUGAAUGCCACAAUCUUAGCUGGAACAAUGGAAUCUUCAUUGAUAAUGGUUUCUCAGAAACUGGGGUCAUGUGACUGAAUGUUGUGCACAGGCGUAUGAAGGAUAACAAACUUCAGGAAAACCCCUAUAUGGUCAAUGGGCCAAGGUCUCAAUGCUCAAACUCUCAACUGAUUCGAAGCACUAUAUUGCUGGUCAUCCUUUAAAGAUUUGCCUUUAUAGAUUGAGGCCAUGAAGUGCUCAAAUCUAUGAAAAGAGAGGAAAGGUUCCUACUUUUUCUGGUGGAAUUGCCUUGUACUGCUAGGUCACCUCUGCAUAUCCGGGUCAGAUGAACUAUGCCAUUUUGUGAGCUGUGCCUUUCGUUGCAAUCCUGCAUGAAGCUCUUUGCCUGGACCAGCUCAAGUGAAAAAGAUGCAUUUUGUUUGGAUUUAGUCUGUGGGUUCAUUUCUUUGUGUGGGAGCAGAAAAAUACCAUGGUAAAUGGUAAUUGAUUGAGACUAUGCCUAGAGCCCUAGACCCAUAUACAAGAUCGUAACUAACAUUGAAGUGGUGGAUAGCACGGCCCACUUACCAACAACCAUGUCUGCUAAGCUGAUGCUGAUGAUACUUUAAUAACGUCUAAUUGGAGUUUUGGCUGCUCAGCUAAUUUUGUUCACUAGCAUGGUCCACUCUUCAACUGCAUAUGCUGUCCACAUGGACUUGUUUGAUGUAUAAAUAAACUAUAAAAUGCUUAGCAUCUUUUGACUGAACUACAUGGGUUUGUUAACUUUAUUUAGAUCUGCUAAAGGUU